UCAACAAAUACGUGGUCCGGGUUUUUACUGGUGAAGUCAGUGGCAGUGGAACAGAUGCUGAUGUCUUCAUUAAUAUCUUCGGUGAGAAAGGAGACACAGGUGUGAGGAAACUGGACAAUGACAAUGACAACUUUGAAAAAGGAGCAGAGGACAAGUUCACACUUGAUGCACCAAAUCUGGGAAAAUUAAGAAAAAUCAAUAUAGGGCAUAAUAACAAGGGUGGCUCUGCUGGCUGGUUCCUCUCAAAGGUGAUCAUUGAGGACAUUGGCAAUAAAUGUGUGUACCAAUUCCCAGUUGGACGCUGGUUUGCUUUAGAUGAAGAUGAUGGAAAAAUCCAGAGGGAUAUUCUUGUUGGGGGCACUGAAGCCACAGGUAUUGUGUACAAUGUGUCUGUAGUGACAGGAGAUAUCAGAGGAGCUGGCACAAACUCCAAGAUCCACGUAAUCCUUCAUGGCUCCAAAGGCUUGAAGAACAGUGGAACGAUUUUCUUGGAAGGAGGUGAAUUUGAGCGUUCCAGGACAGAUGUCUUUAACAUAGAGAUAGCUGCUCUUCUCAGCCCUCUCAGCAGAGUCACCAUUGGGCAUGAUAAUUGUGGUGUCAGUGCUGGCUGGUUUUGUGAGAAGGUGGUGGUUUACUGCCCAUUCACCGGUAUUGAGCAAACAUUCCCAUGCGGAAGAUGGCUGGAUGAAGAUGAAGGAGAUGGUCUUAUAGAGCGGGAACUAUACGAAAUGGUCUCCUUACGCCAGAAAAGACUGAAAAAAAACCCCUGGUCUCUGUGGAUCUGGACAAGUGACAUUAAGAAUGCAGGGACAGAUGCCACCAUAUUCUUCCAGAUUUAUGGAGACAAGGGGAAGUCAGAUGAGAUGAAGCUGGACAAUAAUUCAGACAACUUUGAAACUGGACAGACUGACAAGUUCAUGAUCGAGCUCCCUGAGCUGGGCACAUUUUAUAAGCUUCGGAUAUGGCAUGAGAAACGAAGUCCCUUUGCUGGCUGGCAUCUGAAUAAGGUAACUCUGCUGAAAACGCUGACAAAAGAAAAAUACUCAUUCAACUGUGGCCGCUGGCUAGAUAUAAAUGAAGAGGACAAUGAGAUUGUGCGGGAGCUCCCUGCGGAGGGAUCUCUAGUGACUGAAGUCAUGCCAGUGAUAAAAUACCGUGUGACAGUUUGCACUGGGACAGUGAGCGGGAGUGGUACAGAUGCCAAUGUCUUUAUCUGCCUCAUCGGUGACCAGGGAGACACGGGAGAGCGCUUUCUCUACAACUGCCUCAACAGUGUCAACAAAUUUGAAAAAGGCAAUGCCGAUGAAUUCUUCAUUGAAGCAGUAACGCUGAAGCAGGUGAGGAGGGUGAGGAUAGGGCAUGAUGGCAAAGGAGGAAGCAGUGGCUGGUACCUUGCCAAAGUGAUAGUGAGGGAAGAAGGACAGCCAGAAAGUGAGGCUGUGGAAUUCCCCUGCAACAGAUGGCUUGACAAAAAUGAAGACGAUGGUCAGAUUGUCCGAGAACUAGUGCCUGCUGGGGAGUCACCAGUGCUAAAAAAUAUCAGUUAUCACAUCAGCGUGAAGACGGGAGAUGUCCCUGGUGCCAGCUCAGACUCCAAAGUUUCUAUCAGACUCUACGGUGAUAAAGCAGUCUCCAGCAAAGAGCCUCUCUUAGUCUCCGAUAAUGAUCUAGGCAAUUAUUUUGAACGUGGUCGAGUGGAUGAGUUUACUCUAGAUAUGAUGGAUAUUGGGAAGAUCAACCGAAUAUGGAUUGGACAUGAUAACGUGGGUCUCCGGUCUGGCUGGUUCCUGGCCAGUGUCCAGAUCAUGGUUCCAGUCCAGGGAAGGCAGUACAUGUUCCCCUGCAACCGAUGGCUUGAUAAAAAUGAGGCUGAUGGCAAAGUGGAGGUGGAGCUCUACCCAAGUGAGAUUGUGCCUAUUGAGAAAUUGAUAAACUAUGAGGUGACUGUAGUUACUGGAAGCGUGCGAGCUGCAGGCACCAAUGCCAAAGUCUUCAUGCAGAUUUAUGGUGAGGCUGGCAAAACAGAAGUGAUCAUCUUAGAUAACAGAUCCAACAACUUUGAACGGGGAGCCACAGAGAUCUUCAAGAGGGAGGCUGCAGAUGUUGGCAAGAUUUAUAAGAUUCGGAUAGGCCAUGAUGGCUCAGGCAUCGGGGAUGGCUGGUUCCUGGAAAGUGUCACACUGAAGCGACUUGCCAUGAAAGCAGAGGAGACUGAUAAAAAGAAGGAGGAAGAAGAGGAGACCAAGGUGGACGACGGAAUUGAUGUCUACACAUUUGUGGCACGCCGCUGGUUAGCUAGAGAUGAAGGGGAUAAGGAGCUUGUAGUGGAGCUGGUGCCUGAUGGAGAAUCUGACUUAGAGGAAAAUACGUACGAGGUCCGUGUUCUCACUGGGACUAUGUGGGGGGCUGGGACGGAUGCUAAUGUCUUCUUGAGCAUCUAUGGCAUGGAAAGAGGAGACACGGGUGAGCGCCAGCUGAAAAGGUCGAAUAACCUCAACAAGUUUGAAAAGGGGCAGGUGGAUGUGUUCACCAUCAAGGCCAUUGACCUGGGUGAGCUCAAGAAGCUGCGGAUCCGCCAUGAUAACUCUGGUUCUAGGCCAAGCUGGUUCCUGGAGAGGGUAGAGAUUGUUGACCUCAAAAAGAGCACCACGUAUUAUUUUCCAUGCCAGCGGUGGUUAGCGGUUGAGGAAGAUGACGGUCAGAUUGUCAGGGAGCUGGUCCCAGUGGAUGAAGCAUUUGUAAAGAAAGAUUCGGAAAAUGAUGGCCAGUCUCUUGCAACGCUGGGCCUGGAACAGAAAGCUAAGUCAACGACAUACACUGUGAAAGUGAAAACUGGGGAUAAGAAGAAUGCUGGGACAGAUGCCAACAUCUUCAUCACACUCUAUGGAAGCAAAGAUGAUACAGGGAUAGUCAGCCUAAAGGCUUCAAAGAUUAACAAGAACAAAUUUGAGCGUGGGAAGGUAGAUGAGUUUACAGUCGAGUCUGUGGACAUUGGAGACCUGAAAAAAAUCAAGAUAGGCCAUGAUAAUAAAGGUAAUUCAACUGGCUGGUUUCUGGAAUGGGUGGAGAUUGAUGCCCCAUCUCUGGGACAGUGCCUCAAGUUCCCUUGUGGCCGUUGGCUGGAUAAAUUAGAGGAUGAUGGAGCCAUUGAGAGAAUUAUCUUCCCUGCAGAACUGCAGACAACGGAGUAUAUCCCAUUUGUUCCUUAUGAGAUCACGGUCUACACCAGUGACAUCUUCGGAGCUGGCACAGAUGCAGAUGUCUUCAUUGUUCUCUAUGGAACUGAUGGGAUCUGCACUCAGCAAAAAUCCCUGUGCCUCAACAAGAGGGAGCAAAGGAUGUAUUUUGAAAGGAACUCAGUGAAUCAGUUCAUUGUGGAG